AUGGUGAAGAAUCAACCAGUCUGUAAAGCUUGUGGAUACACUUCCAAUCCAGUUGGGGCGAGAUUUUGUUCUUCCUGUGGAACCAAGUUGAGCUUGGAAAGCGAAGACAUCGCCACCAUGGAAAACCCAACGGCGACCGCGGUUCCAAUUUCAGAAGCCUCUCCUGCAGCAGAAGAUACGGCUCGAGGAGAGGCUCAAGCAGAUGCAAUUCCACGUGCCAUUGAGACAAACCCUGCAAGAUUCUACAAGAAUCCCUCAGAUGAAAUGCUGAAAAGUGCACCCGGUCACCAUACCCACUGUGGACUUCUGUUUAUCAACACGCCUACUACUUUCAACUCUGGAAAGGUCACUGUCCCUCGUGUGAUUGAUGUUUUUUCGAUCUUGGAUGGCGCAAAAAUAGAUCUUUCGGUUGCAGAUUUUAUCCACCCUGCCACCAAGGUGCGCGUCGUACCGAGUAUCAUGUCGGGGCUGAAAAUUACUGUUCCUCAAGGGGUACGGGUAGAGGUAAAGGGACUUGCCAUCCUGGGAGGGAUGGAGGGACCCAAAAGACAAAAUAUUGACGUGUCCCAAGAUGCUCCUCUGCUUCUAGUGAAGGGUCUGACAUUGAUGGGCGGCGUAAAGGUCUUAGUUAAUGAACGAGUGCCACCGAUUCAGGUUGUUCACUGA